AUGUCGGUUGAACAAGGCUUUAUAUGGUCUCAAACAGGCACCUUGGGCCUGGUUUCACUAGUUGAGUACAUUUCUUCUUUUAAUGGAUUUGCCUACAGUCGUGUCGACACCUCCUUGUUUAUCUUUAAACAACACGGAUGCACUAUGUACCUUUUAGUCUAUGUUGCUGACCUAAUACUUACAGGUUAUCAGGAAUUUGCUAUCAAAGACCUCGGCAAACUAAGCUACUUUUUGGGUCUUGAAGUUGUUUACACACCUAAUGGGUUGUUUUUAAGCCAAACUAAAUAUGUCCAUGAUAUUCUGGAGCGUGCUGUCUUUCUUGACAGCAAGCCCACUUACACUUCAUUAUCUCCAAAUGCACCCUUUGUUAAAGAUAGGGUCCCGUACAAGGACCUUACUAUGUAUACGUCUCUUCUUGGUGCUCUUCAGUAUAAGGACCUUACUAUAGCUAGCACCGCCGCUGAAUUUGUAUGGAUUUCCCAUCUCCUCCGUGAGCUUCGCGCUCUAUUUCCUAAUCAACCAACCCUCCUAUGUGAUAAUAAAAAUGUAAUCUUCCUCACUCAAAACUCGGUCUCCAACAAAUGA